GCUCGCAUCGCAUCAGCCACCGAAGCCGCGAAGCAAGCAAGCCUCGGAGAGAAUCGGCCGACCGACCAGAAUGGCGAUGGCACCGUGCGCGCCCGCCGCCAUCACCUUCCCCGCCCGCCCGGCUGUCCAGCUGCGCGCCACCGCGGCUGCUGGGGUGGUCCGCGCCGGGGCGGAAGGAGGGAAGUGGUGGGCGCCGCUGCUGGGGUGGUCGGGCCGGUGCGACUACCUCGGGGCCCCGGCGCCGGUACUGGCACAGGCGGAGGAGAUCGAGAAUAAGGCGGCGGCGGCGGGGCGGAAUAGGGCGUUCGUGGGCAGCCUGACGGAGGAGAAGGCGCGGGAGCUGCGGGCGCGGAUGGCGGGGACGGAGUCCUUCCACGACGCCAUGUACCACUCCGCCAUCGCAUCCCGCCUCGCCCGCUCCGCAUAGCGAGGCCGCCGGCCACCACCAUCGAAGAGCUAGCUCCCUCCAAUAUGCCCCCCGUGUGUACAUAGUUGUUAGUAGCUGAUCUCACGUUGUUGUGGAGGAGGCGGCGAGGGGAGAGGGAAGGGAUCUGUUAUUUCAGCGUGCGAUCCUUCUUCCAUCUUCGUCGCAUGUUCCCCCAUUGCUCUGCUUGCUUCGACAGUUGAUAUAGCAGUUGCGACUUCCCGGCGCAUGUUCCAUGAUCAUUUGUCAGUUGUGUGGAUGUCUCUAGAUAUAGUUGCUCGUUCGUCUAUCUAUUUUUAUUGAUUUUCUCAUCUAUUUUACAAUUUUU